ACAGGCUCUUUGCAGGUAGGCACAGUGGGCUGGUUUAGACCAUGAUUGAGAAACGAGAGAUGCCAGGUUCAAGUCCUGCUUGGAAGCGGAAGGAUUUUCUGCGACCCACAGUGAAUUGGGAACUCGUGGCCUGGCACGAGGAGAACAUAGAUGUGGCAAAUGGGAUUUCGGCCUUUGGCCUCUGAUUGGUGGAUCUGAUCUAUCCCCCCACACACCGUUCCCAGUUUCGGUGGAAGUGGCGAGUUCGAUUGGGGGUAAAGCCUAGGAGGAAGGGAGCGUCUCAGCUUCCUCGGACCAAGACCAUUCGACUCAGCACCCCGAAGACUACAACUGGUGAAAAUCUGAUUUUACGGUAUACUUCCCAUUUAAAGGAUACAUUUACUUAUUCGUCUGAUGUGUUUUGUAUGUCUUUACGCUAGGGGUCAUCCCAAAAGCUCUUUGUUUUCCCUGAACCGAACAUCGUUCAUUUCGUACUCCGACCCCUCCCCUUCCUCUGAAAUGAACGUAGCUUGCUAGGCUGGACGACAAAAAUCGCAUGCAUGUACAUGUAUAAUGUACAGUGUCGAUCGACUUGUGAUUUUGGCUCCACCGCCUCCCCCCAAACGAGUGAUGUUCGUUUCAGGGACGACAAACAACUUCUGCGAUGCCCCCUUAAAAACUUGGUGUGGAAUCUAGCAAGGAGACUAUAAUGUGAGCUCAGAUAAGGUGAUGUGUAGAUGGCUGCAGUGGAGUUUGCAAAUCCUUAAAACACAUCUAUGACUGCGUUUGUCAUGAGUAUGUCGCACAGUGAUCGACAGCCUUCUCAUGAUGAGAAUCUAGCAGCUGUUCACAAAGACGUCUGUAUGUAUAACACUUCGCUGUAGGUAUGGGCAAUGCUGUAGUUCCCAGUGUAGCUACAUGCUUGCCUCAAAUACUACUCUAGUAGCCUUUCUUUCCACUUUUUGUUGUUGGUUUUCUUUUGUAUUUUUGCCAUGGCUGGGUAUCGCACUCGUCUCUGGCGUUGCUCCCCACAUCAUCAAUGCGUGCACAUGCUACGAGAUUGAGUUCAAUGAAUAAAUGAAAGCAAACCUACAAACUUGCCAAAUUAGUUUGGUUAUCGUUCACCAGGCUAUGAGUUGUGCAUGUCGCAACAACUUGUUUUGAUGCAAUUUCCAAGAUCCCCACCCCACCAUUCGUGGGGGCAUAUGUCAAAGACACCAGAAAUCCAACAACGACGCUCUUAUCUUUAGGUUGGGAUGCGGCAUUCGUAGUGUUUCAGACUGGGUGGUUUCGGAUUCCACGUCCUUUGGCUGGCGAGUCGCGACUGUAUACUAUAAGUUCAUCAUAUCCGUAUUUUUCAACAUGAUCUGUCUGUGUCUCUUUGUUGUCUUUUCCACCACGCUUGUCUGCAUCUGCUAUGCCGUGGCAAAUCGCCCGCCAAUACACUUUAUCCUGACUAUGCUCUUCAACUGACUGCAGUAUGGCCCGACGGUUUCCAGAGAUGGAAAAGCAGCGACGCAUCUCGGAAACGCGCGAAGAGUACGAAAGAGUGGAGCGCUAUGGCAGUGUGGGUGCUGGUGACGCAAGCAGUUCGUCAGUCAGCUCACGCAGUCAUCUCACUGAAAAAGAGCAGCUUCUAGCAAGCACAGCGUUCAACACGCAAGCGGGGGAAGAGCGCUACUCUGCAAUACCCGAGGGAGCUGCGGCCGCCUACUCCACAAUACCAAAGGAAAGCAACGACUACUCGUCAGCACCGGCGCAAGGUGAUGCGUAUACAUCGGUCACACAAGGCAAGAAGCACUCCACCACUGGUCAAUCUACCUACGAAGCUCUUGACCAAAGCACCCGCACUGCCAAUAGCAGUGCUACUGCUGGUGGUGGUGCUAGCGCCACUGCUUCUCACUAUGCACCAUUGGACCAGAGCACUCGAACAGAGUCGCACUACAUGUCUAGUACAAGUGGACGCUACGAUAGCGUGCACAACAGAGAGCUGGAGUACUCUUCUCUGUCACAUGCGACGCGAGAAGCUCCCCAGUCUUAUCAGAAAGUGUUCCGAGCAGCCGGAGAAGGUGGCAGUACGGAAGGAGAUUACGAUACUACGUUAAUGAAAGCUGAGGAUGAUACGACAUUGUACGACUCUACCCUACGCACUGUGGAUGAGUCAGGUGGCGGAGGGUACUAUGACUCAACUCUAUUCAAGGCUGGCGGUGACGAAAAACCUUGAAGACACGUAUGACUCAACACCGAGUAACGUAUAAUGAGACCAUUGACUACCCACCAAUUAGGCUUGAUGAAUUCAAUUGGUACGAGUACAAUAGCUAGUUUAUAGGUUAAGCUCUACUGCUUUGCAUGAAGUAUCAUAGGGAGCUAUAAAGCAAGAAGUAAAUUAGAAUUAUUGAUGCCGCAUUGCUGCGAUAAUGUUCAUUGAUUUCAUCUUCGGCCGCUUACAGAAUUAGAAUAAUGAUAUUCUUAUGGUAACAGCUAGCUAUCGAAACUUACUCAGCAGCACAUUUAUACUCAUUUUAUUUAAAACCUCAAUUUAAAAUAGAUCUAUUCUAUAGGAACUAGAUGUACAUGUACACGAGUGAUGUGCUUGUUUUAAUCAAUGUUUUUAUUACGUUGGUUGCUCCAACGAGUCUAAGUUCGUUUUUAUUACGUCCGUGGAAAGGUAAACUUAUCAUUUAACUGUUAUCUCUCCAUCACCUGCCAGAAGCUAUGCAGCAAGCGUGACUAGAAAAGAUAAAUCAUGUACAAUAUGAAUGACAUGAUCAGUACUGGUACAUA